GCUAAAGGCAUUGUCGCAUACGCAGAUUUGCACAAGAUUACAAAUUAUCAUACAUUGAAGCGAUGCGGACCUCUAGAUAUUUCUCGUAUAAAGGAUGGGGAUAACAUCAUCACCAAUCGACAAUUUCUUCAUCUCACCAUCAGCUCUCAAGACAAAACAACUCAAACAACUGCAUCUUUGAGGAUUAUAUAACAAGACCACAAUCACUUCAACUCAACCAAGACAACCAUCAUUCAACGAAAUGGGCCUCUUCAAAACUGCCGAUCUUCGUGAAGAGUGCGAAAAGAGUGCUCGCAUCCUCAAGAGCUUCGUCGACAAGAACAAAGUCCCCUCAAACGUCAUCAGCAACGCCAAAGGCCUCGCGAUCUUUACCGGCUUCCGAGCAGGAAUGUACUUCGCCGGCGCAGGAGGAUCAGGCGUUGUAAUCGCUCGUCUGCCCGACGGAUCGUGGUCUUCUCCCUCUGCCUUCUCCGUCCGCAGCGGUAGUGUCGGUCUUGUCUACGGCAUAGAUGUCUACGACUGCAUUUGUGUCCUCAACACCCAAGAAGCAGUCGACGCUUAUAAAAAGUCUGAGGUCAACCUCGGAGGAGCUGUUGCUCUUGCAGCGGGACCACUCGGUGGAAAUGUGAACAUGGGUGAUGUGAAGCCUGUGUGGACGUAUACAAAGUCCCGUGGUAUUUACGGUGGUUUGACUGUUGAUGGGACGGUUAUUAAGGAGAAGCGUGAUGUCAAUGCGGAGUUUUAUGGAGCCGAGGUUUCUUCGGCUCAGAUCCUUGAUGGGAAGGUUAAUGGUGGUUGGUCCCCGAGAAUUAUUGAAUUAUUAGAGGUUGUUAAGUCGGCGGAGGGGAAGACUGCUGAUAACAGUGUUUUGCAGGGGAUUAGUACCGAACCUACUCCUGGUGACUUAACGGAGUAGGUUAUGGUAGUUAUCACGGUGGUGUUCGGAAGUCGGUUUUCCUUUUAUAGGUAUGGAGAAUUGUUUACUUGACAUAUAG